GGGACUGGCCAUUAGCCGGCGAGAAGUUCCUUAGAGCAUGGCGGCGACACGAAGGUUGACGAAGGAACUGACAGACCUCAGAAAAUCUGGAACAAAAACUUUUCGUGAUAUUGUCGUAGAUGAAACUAAUAUUCUAAACUGGCAAGGUUUAAUAGUACCGGACCAGCCACCUUACAAUAAAGGUGCUUUUAAGAUUGAAAUUGUUUUCCCAGCAGAAUAUCCUUUCAAGCCGCCAAAGAUUACUUUUAAGACGAAGAUUUAUCAUCCUAAUAUUGAUGAGAAGGGUCAAGUGUGUUUGCCAAUCAUUGGCCCUGAAAAUUGGAAGCCAGCGACAAAGACAGACCAAGUAAUUCAAGCUCUUUUGGCUCUUGUACACGAUCCUGAACCAGAGCACCCACUCCGUGCAGACUUAGCUGAAGAGUAUACAAAGGAUAAGAAAAAGUUUCUCAAGAAUGCAGAAGAGUAUACAAAGAAGCACGCUGAAAAGAGACCCUCCGACUAAUAGGCUGUUUCGACUACUUGUUUAAUUCUAGGGACACAUAACAGUCCAAAUCUAGUUUUUGGCAUCGUCAUUUGUAUAUGCAUUGCAAAAUGUGCUUUUCAUCUAACUGCUGAUAGUUUUAGUUUUCCGUCUUUGUAGUAGUCAACUGCUCCAGUGUUAACUGUGUUUAACCCACUGUAGGCCAAGUUCGUUCUUGCACAUUUUGCUAUAACUCCUAAUUGAAUUCAUUCCCUGAUCUGCACUAAUGGCCUAAAUCGAUGUAUUUGGUAAUGCAUGGAUAAUUGUUUAAUUCUCACUUUACAAUCGUCUGUAAUGGGCUGGAAGAGUAGCUUCACAUUCAAAUCGCUGUCACAAAUUGCUGUCACUCCAUCUUCUUUUCUAGUUAUUACUACAGCAAACUAAAGUAAUUUUUAAUGUAGCCUUGUAGCCUUGUAGCCUUGUAGCCUUGUAGAUCAGAUGUAUCGGAACCAUUAUACAGUUUUCCCAUUUUUGAUUAGUAAUGGUAAUUAAUAUUUUUGGCAUGUUUUGUUGGUUUUUUAAUCCUUUCCAGUUCCUACUGAUCAAAGAACCUUCCACACACUCAGGCUAACUUGGUUGUUGAUCUGUUCAUACAUUAGGAAAACCAAGAUAAUGAUGUCAAGAGCAUACUUUAGAUUGAGUAACAGCUGCAUGUUUCACUGUAUGACAGUUUGAAUGGCAUUAGGGUAUGGUUGAGCAAAAUGUUCAGCAGCUAGCCAAUCCAAAUCCAACACAAGGCUUUGUGGUAGACUUUGGCUUAUAUCACAUCUGUUCUCUUUCUCACUACUUAAAGUGACUGAGGAGUACCAACAGAACAGAGGUGGUAAUCAUAACAUAACAUCAAAGAGUUCUGGUUUUGUUUUUGUAUUGUGGUUACCUUAGAGGAGAAAGACCCUGAUUAUUUCAUCAAAUUUUACUUAAAACGUUUGUGUCCAAAAUUGCUUUUAGGUACUUUUAUUUAUUAAAGGCAUAGCAAGCUGAGUUAUUUCUCUUCACUGUGUGGAAGCAAUGACAAAAACAUUACUCUCGCCCAUUGCUGCAUUUAUCUGCAGAGAGGACAGCGAGAUGUAUUCUGUGGUUAAUUUUUUUUCCUUACUUGGUUAAAAAUAAGUCAGAUAUUGACUGUAUGAGGAGAGUCAAAAGUGUUAACCCUUUCAUUUCCCAGCAAUGGCUAACUUGCUUUCUUACAUUUUUAACAACAAAUUUCAAAAUGGCAGGUAAUGAGAUCAUCACAGUGAGGACAUCAUGAUUAAAAACUUAACUCUCCCAACGUGAGGAAAGAAAAUAUGUGACAAAUAGUUGGGAGAAUGUCAGGCCAGAAAUGUGAAGGUUAAUGCUGAUUUAAUGUGUGGCAAUGUUAUCAAAUGAUUUAGUAAAACUGCACAUUGUUUCACCAAUGGAACUUUUGGUUUUGUUUUAUGAGGUGGUAGCAAUGUGUGUUUUCUGAACUGUCACUCUAGAGAAGAAAUGUUAGUAAAAUUCUCCUGUUGCUUAAAGUGUAUCCAGUUUUUGAAUAAAAAGAAAUUAUCAAA